UGAAAAAGUUAGAUGCUAAAAGAGAGAGUGAAAUAAUUAAAGAGCGAGAGAGACAGAGGGGGAGUGAGAAGGAGAGAGAGUGCUGUGAGAGGAGGGGGGUCAGGAAGAGAGUGCAGCCUGAGUGGAGAGAGGGUCAGGGAGCACAGUGACAGCAGAAAUAAAGUGCGACUGUGAGAGUGAGUGACAAGAAGUGUGAGUGUGCACUCCCAGCCACUGUCCCCACUUCACCCAGUGCUGGGCUAUCAGUGUCUCUUGUGGGGGCUGCCAUGUCCUCCAUCCUACCCUUUACUCCCCCCAUAGUCAAGAGGCUGCUGGGCUGGAAGAAGGGAGAGCAGAAUGGGCAGGAGGAGAAGUGGUGUGAGAAGGCAGUGAAAAGCCUGGUGAAAAAGCUGAAGAAGACUGGACAGCUGGACGAACUGGAGAAAGCCCUGACCACCCAGAGCAUCAGCACCAAGUGCAUCACCAUCCCCAGAUCUCUGGACGGAAGGCUUCAGGUGUCUCAUCGAAAAGGUUUGCCCCAUGUUAUAUACUGCCGACUCUGGAGGUGGCCAGAUUUGCACAGUCACCACGAACUACGAGCCAUGGAGAUGUGUGAAUAUGCAUUCAACAUGAAGAAGGAUGAAGUUUGUGUUAAUCCGUAUCAUUAUCAGAGAGUGGAGACACCAGUUCUUCCACCAGUGUUGGUCCCAAGACACACUGAUAUUCCUGCAGAAUUUCCUCCUCUUGACGAUUACAGUCAUUCCAUCCCUGAGAACACCAAUUUCCCAGCAGGCAUUGAGCCACAGAUAAACUACAUUGCAGAAACCCCUCCUCCAGGUUAUUUAAGCGAAGAUGGGGAAACCAGUGACCAAAUGAAUCAUUCCAUAGACACAGGAUCACCGAAUAUGUCUCCAAACUCAAUGUCCCCAGCACACAGUAACAUGGAUCUGCAGCCAGUGACAUACUGUGAGCCAGCCUUCUGGUGCUCCAUUUCCUACUAUGAACUUAACCAGCGAGUAGGUGAGACAUUUCAUGCCUCUCAGCCCUCCAUGACAGUGGACGGAUUUACAGACCCUUCAAACUCUGAGCGUUUCUGUCUGGGGCUGCUCUCCAAUGUCAAUCGAAAUGCUGCUGUGGAGCUGACCCGACGGCACAUUGGCAGAGGAGUGCGUCUAUAUUAUAUUGGAGGCGAAGUGUUUGCUGAAUGCCUUAGUGACAGUGCAAUAUUUGUACAAUCUCCAAACUGCAACCAGCGCUAUGGCUGGCAUCCAGCUACCGUCUGCAAGAUACCACCAGGUUGUAACCUGAAGAUAUUCAAUAACCAGGAGUUUGCAGCACUUCUUGCUCAAUCUGUUAACCAGGGAUUUGAGGCAGUUUAUCAACUGACCAGGAUGUGCACUAUACGCAUGAGUUUUGUCAAGGGAUGGGGAGCGGAAUACAGGCGUCAGACUGUGACAAGCACCCCCUGCUGGAUUGAGUUGCACCUGAAUGGUCCCCUGCAGUGGCUAGAUAAAGUUCUAACACAAAUGGGUUCGCCAAACAUUCGCUGCUCCAGUGUCUCCUAGAGAGAAAUAUCCAGGUCUUGAGAUCACUUCCUACCAAUAUUGAGUUUCUGAACUAAACCAGCCUAGCUCAGUCCGGUCUACAGUUGGACACACUUUCCCUGAACAAAUGUUGCAAAUACUUCGUAGAGCACUUACAUGAUGUAGCAGAGGAGAUCUUGAUGGAACUACAAGUCAAUAAAAUGAAAUGCUAUCCAAUAGAGAAGAAAAAAAAGAAGACUCUCUUGAUCUGGAACCUCAGAGCAUUUGCUCAUCAUGGUUGCCCCCGGUUGUUUGGAUAUAGCAUACAUCUACUAGGCAACCUUACCAAGGUUCUACCUAAAGCCAAGAAGUCCAACAUUACAGUUAAAGUAAACUGUAUUGAUUAGUGGGACAUUGCAACGGUAUGAAGCAUCUCUGCCAAUACAGGGAUUCCAUUUUUUUGUUUUUUACUACAGACUCUAUGGAUGUACUAAUUAAAUGCUAAAGACUGAUGUGAGUGGACUUCUUGCAUAUAAAUACUUACAUCUAGAAGUAUUCAAGUUCUUACCUUUCAAAUUGGGCGUAUGACCAUACAUUCAAGACAAAGAGAGAUGCAGAUUGCUCAGUGCUCUGUCUCUUAAAGGGUUAUAUUUUGCUGUAUGGCGUAUGGAUCCACUGUGGGGGUUGGCAGUUUCUAUUUAGGUAACAAUCCCACUGUAUUCUCCACAUCUCUGUAAACACUGCCAUAAUGCACAGUAUGGAAGUGGAUUUUCUUUUGUUUACACGUUGUAGCCAAAUCUGUCAUGUAGCUGUCUCACAUCUAUUUUUGUUCCAGGUUUACAGACUGGUAUAAUAUAGGUAAUCGCACAGGUGGAAGCCCCAACUUCAUGGGAUAUAGAUAUGGGACCUCAAGCUAAAUUGUCAUACAGCAUUAUUGCAUAUGAAAAUGGGCUGGGGUGGAGUAGCAUCUACUUUGGUUCAGGUGCAGUUAAAUCUGCUUUUUAAUAGUACAAGAAUUUCCAAAAGAACUGGAAUAAGGACAAGUACAUUUAACACAAGCACAUUCUGUGUUCUCUCUUACUGUCCUUCACAUGUACAUCUCAGUAAGUUCAAAUAAGCCGUUUCAGGGACGUAAAGCCUCAAACUCUAGAAAUGGCCGAGCACCAAAUUACCUACCUAGCUCUGCUUUAUUUAACCCCUUAUGUGCAGUACUGGCCGUCAAGAGUACAAAUCACACAACAGGAGAGAAUUGAAACAACCUGGAAAUGUUUGUAUUUUUUUUUUUAAACCUAUCCGAGCGGCACAAUAGUUUACCCAUAGUGACCCCAUCCCAAAUCAAUUCUGCAUCAGUUUUUUUUAUAAAUUGCAAACAUAGAUAUUCUCUGCUGUGUACAUAUCUUCACAGAGAUUAUCUCUAUAGAUCUGCAAUAAUACAGGAUAAAGAUCUUUAAAUAGCCCUUCAAUGCCAGCUCUCAUACACUAGGCUCCAUGGAGCCGUAUUAUAUAGUUUAAAAGUCUUAUGUACUCCAUUGGAUGUGUAGGCAUCCUAUCCUAUUGAGCAUUAGUCACUAAAUAGGGAAGUGACAACAGUGUUUAUGCCAAGUAUCUGGGAUGGAGAAUAUUGCAACUCUGUUGUCAAAUCAAGAUAUGUAUUCAUCAUUGAAAAAGCCUGUUCUGUAGCAUAAAUGUAACACCUUUAACCCCCCCUCCCCCUCCAUAUGUAACAAAUUAUAAGCUUAUGCUUUUUUAUUUUAGUUGCAUUUCUUUUUUUAUUAUGUCUUUUAUGUAUCUUGUAUGUUAGUAUUGUCUUUCUUAGUGAUGCAUCAGUCUUUGGUAUUUGUGCCUGUGCUCGUGUUAUGUUCUGAUCUUAUGUGUGUUUGCCUUGUCCAGAUUUAUACACCGUUACACUCUUUGCUAACAGGUUGAAGCAGACACUCCUAUCAAAGUACCAAAUAAAACGAGAAGUAUAAAAUACUGUUUCCAAUAGUAUUCAGGUUAUACAUAAAAUAAUUUACUCUUACUGUGUCAACUCAUAUUUCUUUUAUUUCUUGUUUAUGAUUGUGAAUGUAAAUAAAUCUUUAUCACUCCUUUUCAAACAGUUUACUUUAAUCUUAUGAGGUCGCAAAUUCAAGCAAAAUGGCCCUACCAGACGUAUUUACCAUUGUCGCUGUGCUGUUCAUAAAAAGUAUUUUUAAAACAAAAAAAUGUGUUUUAGCUACAUUUUUGUAAUCAUUUCAAAACAGUUUA